AAGUCAAUAAUCAAUAGUAAUGUUAGUCCAACGCUCACAAGUGUGAAGUUCAGGAAAUUUGAAUCCAAUGGCAGCAACGACUACAAAAAAAAAAUCUUUUCUUCGUCAUCUCACCGACGACUUCCUGUGCUGAAUUGCUUUCGCGCCUAUAUAAACAGCCAAAUCCUAUUCUCCGUAACCAUAAGAGCCUCUCUCAGAUCAAUUUACAACACUAUCUUCUCUCUCUUCCCCAAAAUGAACCCAAAUGAUGACAGCAGGAAUGUCCCCUCCUCCUCUGAUCCUCCACCGUUCGAUCCAUCCCAGCCCGCCGUGCCAAUCUCCUACCCCCUCAAAACCCUAGAAGACCUCGAAUCGAGGGUCUAUUUUGACUCAUUUCACUUCCCAUUCAACAAAGCUUCGGUCACUCUUCAAUCUGGUAAUGGUUCAUUGCCUAACCGCCCCAGAAUUCUAGUGUGCCAUGACAUGAAAGGAGGUUACACUGAUGAUGAUAAGUGGGUACAAGGUGGGACCUAUGCCGAUGCCUAUGCGAUAUGGCACUGGUACUUGAUGGAUGUUUUCGUGUAUUUUUCGCAUAGUUUGGUUACACUUCCGCCUCCUUGUUGGACUAAUGCAGCUCACAAGCAUGGUGUCAAGGUACUGGGGACUUUCAUUACAGAAUGGGCUGAAGGGAGAGUUAUCGCCAACAAACUACUCUCGACGAGGGAGUCUGCUCAAAUGUAUGCUGAGCGCUUGACUGAGCUAGCCGUUGCUUUGGGCUUUGAUGGAUGGCUGAUAAAUAUGGAGGUUAGAUUGGAUGUAGGGCAAAUCCCUAAUAUGAAAGAAUUUAUCAGCCAAUUAACCAAGACCAUGCACUCUUCAAUGCCUGGAUCUUUGGUCAUAUGGUAUGAUAGUGUUACUGUCAACGGCAAUCUUCACUGGCAAAAUUUAUUGAAUAAAAAGAAUAAGCCUUUCUUUGAUAUAUGUGAUGGCAUAUUUGUAAAUUAUACAUGGGGGAAAGACUAUCCAAACCGUACAGCUGUUGCUGCCGGGGAUAGAAAGUUUGAUGUCUACAUGGGUAUUGAUGUUUUUGGAAGGGGCACUUAUGGUGGCGGAGAGUGGAAUACAAAUGUUGCACUUGAUGUGUUGAAGAAAAGCGAUGUGUCAGCUGCUAUAUUUGCUCCUGGAUGGGUCCAUGAGGUACCGCAACCACCUGAUUUUCAGACUGCUCAGAACCAUUGGUGGGCCCUUGUUGAGCAAUCAUGGGGAAUAUUACAGAAUUACCCCAAAGUACUACCAUUCUACUCAAAUUUUGAUCAGGGCCAUGGUUACCAUUAUUCUGUUGAUGGAGGGCAAGUACUAAAUGCUCCUUGGAACAACAUUUCUUCUCAAAGCUUUCAGCCUUGCCUUGAGUUUUCUGGACGGCCUAUCCCAAACACAAUUCAAGUGCUUGUUAAUUCUAAGGAAGCGUCUUAUAGCGGAGGAGGGAACAUCACGUUUAAAGGAGCUCUUGAAGACAGUGCAUAUUUCACAACAAGACUCUUUCAGGGAGAGAUUCUUUUGGCGAAUUUACCGGUCUACCUUUCAUAUUCCGUGAAAUCAGAUGGGAACUCCCUGGUAGGCCUUUUGCUGGAGUUCUCUUCUACCCUGAAGGAGAGAACAUCGGUUCUUCUUGCAUCCUUUGGAAGUACAGUGGACCAGUUAUCAAGCAACUUUAGUGAAGUGAUCAGGCCAAUUCGAGUUACAAAACCUGAAACUGCCCCAGGAUGGGUCAUUCAGGAGAGUAGCAUUGCAAUGAAUGGAUACACAUUAACAGAAAUUCAUGCCGUAUGCUAUCAGUCAAAUCCUGAAGUUAAUGAAGAUAAUUCCUUAGCUCGCAGUCCAUCAGAAUAUUUUGCAGUGCUGGGCCAUAUCACAGUUAGAACUUCUGAAAAGAACUCGAUGUUCCCUCCAUCUACUUCAUGGUUAGUUGAAGGUCAAUAUAUUAACUGGACUUCAGGUUCUCAGGGAUCAAAGACCCUUAGCGUCAAGGUCCUUUGGAAAUUGAAAGACGGAGAUUCUUCUGAAUUCCCAAAGUACAAUAUUUAUGUGGAGAAGCUAGCAACUAAUGCUGUUGGUGAAACGGGCAAAAUGCACGGUGUGCCGGAGUAUCUUGGGGUGGCGCAAGUGGAAGCUUUUUAUGUAUCUGAUCUUGUCGUUCCUUUGGACACUUCUAGUCUCAAGUUCAUUAUUCAAGUGUGCGGCAACGAUGGAGCUUGUCAGACUCUAGAUGAUUCUCCGUCUUUUCAACUGAAUGUUGAAGGUUAGCAAUCUAUGUAUGUUGCCUUUUAGCCGCCUCCUUUUGAGGGAGGGUGAAUAAUGUGUCUCUUGUAUCUGUCAAGUGUGUUGUAGCGGGACUGAACUCUCAGUGAAUGCUUAUGUGAUUAAUUGUACUCUGUCGUCAUUUCAAA